AUGGCGCCCUUUCCCGAGGAGGUGGACGUGUUCACCGCCCCGCACUGGCGGAUGAAGCAGCUGGUGGGGCUGUACUGCGACAAGCUUUCUAAAACCAACUUUUCCAACAACAAUGAUUUCCGUGCUCUUCUGCAGUCUCUGUAUGCUACUUUUAAGGAGUUCAAAAUGCAUGAGCAGAUUGAAAAUGAAUACAUUAUUGGUUUGCUUCAACAACGCAGCCAGACCAUUUAUAAUGUACAUUCUGACAAUAAACUCUCUGAGAUGCUUAGCCUCUUUGAAAAGGGACUGAAGAAUGUUAAGAAUGAAUAUGAGCAGUUAAAUUAUGAGAAACAGCUGAAAGAGAGGUUGGAGGCAUUUACAAGAGAUUUUCUUCCUCAUAUGAAAGAGGAAGAGGAGGUUUUUCAGCCCAUGUUAAUGGAAUAUUUUACCUAUGAAGAGCUUAAGGAUAUUAAAAAGAAAGUGAUUGCACAACAUUGCUCUCAAAAGGAUACCGCAGAACUUCUUAGAGGUCUUAGCCUAUGGAAUCAAGCUGAGGAGCGACAGAAGUUUUUCAAAUAUUCUGUGGAUGAAAAGUCAGAUAAAGAAGCAGAGGUGUCGGAACGAUCCACAGGGAUAAACCAGCUUCCUCCUGAGGUAAUGCUGUCAAUUUUCAGUUAUCUUAAUCCUCAAGAAUUAUGUCGAUGCAGUCAAGUAAGCACCAAAUGGUCUCAGCUGGCGAAGACUGGAUCGCUUUGGAAGCAUCUUUACCCUGUUCAUUGGGCCAGAGGUGACUGGUAUAGUGGCCCUGCAACUGAACUUGAUACUGAACCUGAUGAGGAAUGGGUGAAAAGUAGGAAGGAUGAAAGUCGUGCUUUUCAGGAAUGGGACGAAGAUGCCGAUAUAGAUGAAUCUGAAGAGUCUGCAGAGGAAUCGAUUGCUAUCAGCAUUGCACAAAUGGAAAAACGUUUACUCCAUGGCUUAAUUCACAAUGUUCUACCAUAUGUUGGUACUUCUGUAAAAACUCUAGUAUUAGCAUACAGCUCUGCAGUUUCCAGCAAAAUGGUGAGGCAGAUUUUAGAGCUCUGUCCUAAUCUGGAGCAUCUUGAUCUUACCCAAACUGACAUUUCAGAUGCUGCAUUUGACAGUUGGUCUUGGCUUGGAUGCUGCCAGAGUCUUCGGCAUCUUGAUCUGUCUGGAUGUGAGAAAAUCACAGAUGUGGCUCUAGAGAAAAUUUCUAGAGCUCUUGGAAUUCUGACAUCUCAUCGGAGUGGCCUUUUGUCUACAAGCAAAAUCACUUCGACUACAUGGAAAAAUAAAGACAUUAACAUGCAGUCCACCAAACAGUAUGGUUGUUUGCAAGAUUUCACCAACAAGGCUAUUGGAGAAGAAAUAGAUAAUGAAAACCCCUGGACUGAGCCUGUUUCUUCUGAGAAUUUCACUUCUCCUUACGUGUGGAUGUUAGAUGCUGAAGACCUGGCCGAUAUUGAGGAUGCUGUUGAAUGGAGACAUAGAAAUGUGGAAAGCCUUUGUGUCAUGGAAACAGCAUCCAAUUUGAGUUGUUCCUCCUCCGGCUGUUACAGUAAAGAUAUUGUUGGACUAAGGACUAGUGUCUGUUGGCAGCAGCAUUGUGCUUCUCCGGCCUUUGCAUAUUGUGGUCAUUCAUUCUGUUGUACAGGAACAGCUCUAAGGACUAUGUCAGCACUCCCAGAGUCUUCCGCAUUGUGUGGAAAGGCAUCAAGGACUAGCUUGCUUAGGGAAAAGGACUUAAUCUACUCUGGGAGUGAAAAAUCUGAUCAAGAGACUGGACGUGUACUUCUGUUUCUCAGUCUGUCCGGGUGUUACCAGAUCACAGACCAUGGUCUCAGGGUUUUGACUCUGGGAGGAGGGCUGCCUUAUUUGGAGCACCUCAAUCUCUCUGGUUGUCUUACUGUAACUGGUGCAGGCCUACAGGAUUUGGUUUCAGCAUGUCCUUCUCUAAAUGAUGAAUACUUUUACUACUGUGACAACAUUAACGGUCCUCAUGCUGAUACUGCCAGCGGAUGCCAGAAUUUGCAGUGUGGUUUUCGAGCCUGCUGCCGCUCUGGCGAAUGA